AUGUCAAAUAAUCUUAGGGCUCCAGACCCGUCACCUGGGGGAAUCUACCUUCCCGUAACAUGUGAAAUGCUUGAUAUUGAUAUGUUCGCGGUUAACAUGCUGACCAACGACCCCCGAACACUAUCAACACUAAUACAAUUUGCCGGCAAUACAGUCAUGCUUUCAACACCAAGAGGCAGAAACUGGCACCAGGAGGCAUGGGAUUAUAUGAUCCUAACCCAUAAUCCUGUGAUAACCCUAACCAUAAACUCCCAACAAGUCAAGGAGGAAAUGUGCAAUUAUUUCUCCACGAAAGGCCAUGUUGUCCUCGCUUCCGCUGCAGGUGUACGGCAUAUGGUUAUCGGGCACCCUAAACCCGUCCCCACAGCGACUUUCAUCGAAGCGUUGGUAAACUCAGCCGUUCCAUACAUCCGCAUAACUAACCAUGGAAUGAAGCAAGCCAUUUGCAGCUUCCCAGAUCUACCAAGGGACCUCUUGCAAUGUGAUGCAGCUGAUGAAGGCUAUCCUGAAAACGAAUGGGAUGUUUCAUUCUCCAGGAGAACAGAGUACUUGUACAUGGCCAAGGCGUUACCACCAGUGCCCCAAAAUGUGACGGUUGACCUUUAUCCUGUGCUAACAACCCUAUCCUUCCAGUCCUUCCACAACCUUGGCGGCAACAUAACCCUAACAAUGGAAGACAGUAUCAUUGCACCGCACGUGCUGAAGCUGAAGAUAUACAACGUAAUGUACCACCUACUCGGAGCCUGUAAUCCCUUUCCUCUCCCUGCCCCAAGCAACACAAGGCGAGACUAUGUGCCCAAACAGGCCCGUAAAGAUGACAACGCAAUCAGUCUUAGUGCAUCGGAUAAUGAUAUCCAAGCCCUUCUUGAUGGCUGA